GUUCAAUCGAAACUCUGGAUUGUAUCCGGACACCCUAUCCUUGACUGUGUGAGGUCGGCAAUGCCGUGGUUCGAUCGGCGCAGUGAGACAUAUGGGCGGGAUAUAAGGCGGGAAGGGCGAUGAGACCAGCACCUCCUCGCAUCUUGCUUCCACCACCACAACACAACUUCAUAUCUUAUGCAACGAGCUCUAUUGCCUGCCCUAUCCAAACGCACCUCAUUUGAAACUCAUCCAUCAUGACAUCCACCCACUCAUCCCACCCUGCCCCGCUCCCAUACACCCGACUCCCUGACUUGACAGGGUCCACUGUCGAGAACGGCAAGCUCAAGCUCGUCGAGCUUCUCGGCCACGGCUCAUUUGCCAAGGUCUACAAGGCUCUGGACACCCAAUCGACUGCAUCAUCCGUGGCACCCAUCCACUACGCCGUCAAGUGCCUCUUGAACGGCGAGCCCGGAUC